AUGAUUUUAACCUGCUGGAUUGUUAACAUUUGGAUUUCCAUAGUCUUAGUUUCUGCCGCAGCUAUUGAUAUGCUUGACGUAGAAUCGAACUCGCUGAGUAUCUCCGCUGAGGAUGCUAGCAAAGAAGCUACUCUCAGUGAACAAAGUAUUUUCCCCAUUGGCAGAUCACCUAGGAGUCAAGCAAAGACCCCUUUCCCUGCCUGGCUUACCCAAUUCACUGGCUUAACUGAAUGGCCGGGUGCAGAUCCUCCGUACAUUCCUUUGGAUUUUAUCGACUUUAACAAGAUUGAGAAAUAUGAACCAUAUAAGGAGGGACGUUGUAACAAGAAUCCCAGAGAAUCUUGCUCUUUCGAUUGUCAUAAGUGUGUUGCACACGACGACGUGCAUUCUUGUGCUAAGUUGUCUCAAACAUUCGAUGAUGGUCCCUCCGUUCACACGCUUACACUUUUGGACAAGCUACAGCAUAAAACUACUUUCUUCACAUUAGGUAUGAAUGUGGUAGAACGUCCUGAAAUCUACCAUACUGUAAUGGAAAGAGGUCAUUUGAUCGGAACUCAUACUUGGUCACAUCCAUUUUUGCCUAGUCUUACGAAUGAGCAGAUUAUCGCUCAGUUAGAAUGGUCGAUAUGGGCAAUGAAUGCAACGGGUAACCACUUGCCAAAGUGGUGGAGACCACCAUAUGGUGGUAUUGAUAACAGAGUUCGUUCUAUCGCAAGACAAUUUGGGAUGCAAGCAGUUCUUUGGGAUCACGACACUUUGGAUUGGUUGGCAGCUUCAAAUCCAUUUCAAAGAACCGAAUCUGCCAUCUUGAAAGAUGUUACUGAGUGGAAACGUACCUCCAACGGUUUGAUUCUUGAGCACGAUGGUAGUAAGAAAACUGUCGAUAUUGCUAUGAAGGUAAAUGAUAUUAUUGGUUCCGACCAAAUGACCGCUGCUCAAUGUGUUGGUGGUAUCGAUUACAUUAAGGAAUUUAAGGUUUAA